GACAGCAGCCUCCAGAGCCCGAGAGUAACGUGGGUGGAGCCCACGUGACCGGAGGCCCGCGUCCAACAUGGCGGCCUCCAUGGGUUGCUGGCUCCUCUUCCUCACGCUGCUCAGCUUCCUCUGGGACGCGUCCGGCGGCUUGGGUUGGGGGCCCUCCCUGGACGACGACUUGCUGCUGCCCUACCCCCGCGCGCGCGCGCGCUCCGCCCGGGACUGCGCGAGGGUGCGUGUCGGCAGCCGCAGAGCACGAGAGCUGGCCGCCCUCCCCGCGACCCCAGACGCCCGCCACCCCGCGGUGCGCACCUUCGUUUCGCAUUUUCGCGGUCGCGCGGUGCCCGGCCACCUGACGCGGGCUGCCGAGCCCCUGCGCACCUUCUCGGUGCUGGAGCCCGGCGGGCCCGGCGGCUGCGCGUCGAGGCGCCGCGCCACCGUGGAAGAGACGGCGCGGCCGGCCGGCUGCAGCGUCGCCCAGAACGGCGGCUUCUUCCGCAUGGCCACCGGCGAGUGCCUGGGGAACGUGGUGAGCGACGGGCGGCGGGUGAGCAGCUCCGGGGGCCUGCAGAACGCGCAGUUCGGGAUCCGCCGCGACGGGACCCUGGUCACCGGGUACCUGUCUGAAGAGGAGGUGCUGGACACUGAGAAUCCAUUUGUGCAGCUGCUGAGUGGGGUCGUGUGGCUGAUUCGAAAUGGAAGCAUCUACAUCAAUGAGAGCCAGGCGACUGAGUGCGAUGAGACACAGGAGACAGGUUCCUUCAACAAAUUUGUGAAUGUGGUAUCGGCCAGGACAGCUGUGGGCCAUGACCGGAAGGGGCAGCUGGUGCUCUUCCAUGUGGACGGGCAGACGGAGCAGCGGGGCAUUAACCUGUGGGAGAUGGCGGAGUUCCUGCUGAAACAGGAUGUGGUCAACGCCAUCAACCUGGAUGGAGGGGGCUCUGCUACCUUCGUGCUCAAUGGGACCUUGGCCAGUUACCCGUCAGAUCACUGCCAGGAUAACAACAUGUGGCGCUGUCCCCGAAGUGUGUCCACUGUGGUGUGCGUGCACAAGCCCCGCUGCCAGCCGCCUGACUGCAACGGCCACGGAACCUGUGUGGAGGGUCACUGCCAGUGCACGGGGCACUUCUGGCGGGGCGCCACCUGCGACGAGCUGGACUGUGGCCCCUCCAACUGCAGCCAGCAUGGGCUCUGCACAGAGACUGGCUGCCGCUGCGAAGCUGGAUGGACAGGGUCCAACUGCAGUGAAGAGUGUCCCCUCGGCUGGCACGGGCCGGGCUGCCAGAGGCCUUGUGAGUGUGAGCACCAGUGUCCCUGCGACCCCCAGACCGGCAACUGCAACCUCACCCAGGCUCCCAACCUGAGCAGCAUUCUCUCCCAAGUGAAGCAGUGUCUCCAGCCAUCCCAGGUCAGCCUGCAGACAAGAGAAUUCUCCCUCCUCACUGGGACCACCUGUCUGGCCCUCACCCUGGCCCUGGUUUUCCUUCUGCUGAUCAGCAUAGUGGCGAACGUGUCCUUGCUCCUCGGUUCGAGGGCAGAGCGGAGCCGGCACCUGGAUGGGUCCUAUGUCUACCACCCGCUGCAGGAGAUGAACGGGGAGCUCUCGGCUGCCGAGAAGGAACAGCUGGGUGAGACCUGCAAUCCCUUCAAGGACUGAAUGACCCAGCUGCCCACCAUGGCCUGUUUGGAGGCUCAUUUUGACACUGUCUGGCUUCUGCAAGGGAUAGUCCAAGGCCACUGACUCUGGGUGGCCUCAGCCCCAGGGCCAAGCCAAGCUUCUGAUAGCAGGUAUGCCUCAGCCCCUCACCUGGCCCUCGGCCCUCUUGCCUGGAUGUCUGCCAUGGCAGGAGCAACCUGAGCAACACAGUGUUCCGAGACACUGCUCCUUCCCCGCCUGCCUGUGUCUGCUGCCAUGAGGCCCGUCCCCCAGGGCCUCCGCCAAAGAGCCUCCAGCUUCCUGGGGCCUGCCACCAGCGAAUGGAGCUCACCGUGACCAAGUGC